CCCGGGUGCAUCCCCGCGUCCCCCCGGCGCAUCCCCGCGCUCCGCCCCGGUGCCAGCCCGGCCGCCCGGAGCUGCGGCGCAGGAACCCGCCCCCGGUAACGGCGGUGGCGGCGGCGGCGGCGGCGGCGCGGGGCCGCCAUGGCCAAGCAGUACGACGUGCUGUUCCGCCUGCUGCUGCUCGGAGACUCGGGCGUGGGCAAGACCUGCCUGCUCUGCCGCUUCACCGACAACGAGUUCCACCCCGCGCACAUCUCCACCAUCGGCGUGGACUUCAAGAUGAAGACCAUCGAGGUGGACGGCAUCAAGGUGCGCAUCCAGAUCUGGGACACGGCGGGGCAGGAGCGGUACCAGACCAUCACCAAGCAGUACUACCGGCGGGCGCAGGGCAUCUUCCUGGUGUACGACAUCGGCAGCGAGCGCUCCUACCAGCACAUCGUCAAGUGGCGCAGCGACGUGGAUGAGUACGCACCCGACGGUGUCCAGAAAAUCCUCAUCGGGAACAAGGCGGACGAGGAGCACAAGAGGCAAGUGGCCAAAGAGCAAGGGCUGCAGCUGGCCAGGGAGUACGGCAUGGACUUCUACGAAACAAGUGCCUGCAGCAACCUGAACAUCAAGGAGUCCUUCACGCGGCUGACGGAGCUGGUGCUGCAGGCGCACCGCAAGGAGCUGGCGGGGCUGCGCGCCGCCGCCGCCCCCCCCGACCUGGCCCGGCUGGAGGAGGACGAGCAGCAGCCCCCGGGGGGGCAGGACAGCCCCAAGAGCUGCUGGUGUUGAAGCCCGUUCGUUCCUCCACCCCCCCAUACACACACAACCCCCCCGGCUCCCCGCCGCCGCCGCCAGACCCGUUUUGGGGAGGGGGUGGGGGGGGAGCUUGGCGUGCAUGGGGGGGGGGUCCCAGGCGCUGUUUGCACACCCCGCGCCCCCCUCCCGCCCCCCGGUUUUGCACACUCGGUUUCCACAAUAAAGGAGAUGCUGGAGCCCCCCCACACCUCCCCAGCUGGCUCGUCUGGUGCCACCGGGACAGGCGUCACCCCGGCAGUGCCACCGCGGCGUCCUCGGCACCAGCCAGGGCACGGCAACCCGAGCGGCGAUGAAUAAUGGAGGGGCCGGGCUGGUGUCCCCUUUCCUGGCUUGGGGACACGGCCGGGGGGCACGCAGGGACAUCGAACAGCGGGCACUGGGGUGGCGGUGGGCACCAGGAUGGGUGGGAACUGGGAUGCCGUUCCUUACUGGGAUGGGUGGGCACCAGUGGGUACCAGCCUACUGGUGGGCACCUGGGACAAGGCCAACUGGUCCCAGCAGGCUGGGGAAGGGGAGGCGUGGAGGCAGCCGUCCCUCCCCGGGCACACCCAGCACCCCGUUAUCUCCCAUGCGCCCCAGCUGUGUGGGGCACCCUUUCCCCAACGGGGACAGCGCCCGUGCCCCACCCCACGGCGCUGUGAAU